UUGAGUGGAGAAAAUCGCUCAGUAGCAAACGUGAUUUUUAUUUUUAGAAUUAAUAACUUAUCAAAUGUUGACAAGACGAUAACUAAACGAUUUCUCUGCUGAACGCGGCCAUUUCAGACAUAUAUCUUAUCAAACUGAUAAUCGAAUUGACUGAUCAAAUUUUACGUAUAUAAUUAAUAAAUUCUAAAUUUUAAUAGAGAAUCAAUAUCUAACAUUAUCAAUUAAUUAUUUCGACACAUUCCAUAUCAUUAGUAAGUUUAUUAUAAAAGUAAAUUUAUUAUAAAAGUACAAUUAUACACAUCACGAUGGAUAAGAAUGAUAAAUUGCACAUACUGAGAAAUGCUAUAAAAAGUUAUCCUGAUUUUCCUGAGCCUGGAAUCAUUUUCCGGGACAUAUUUUCUGUGUUCCAAAAUAUCACAGCAUUAAGGGCAAUGAAGGAUUUAAUCGUGGAGCAUAUUUUAUUCCUCGAAAUCGAUAUAGUUGUAGGACUGGACUCACGUGGUUUUCUAUUUGGUCCUAUGAUCUGUAUGGAAUUGGGCAAACCAUUUUUGCCUAUUAGAAAACAAGGGAAACUUCCAGGCAGGGUUACUCAACAGAAAUAUGAAUUAGAGUAUGGUGAAGCCACAUUUGAAUUGCAAACAGAGUUUAUUAAUUCGGGACACAGAGUGCUUAUUGUUGAUGAUUUGCUGGCAACUGGAGGUACCAUGGCUGCUGCUGUGCAUUUAAUACAAUCAGCAGGAGCUGAUGUAGUUGAAUGCUUGGUGAUAAUGGAAUUGACUUCAUUAAAAGGCCGAGAUAAAAUUGGAGUUCCUGUUUAUUCUUUUGUAAAAUACGAUUAACAAAUGAUUUUUGCA